AUGGCCCGAGCGGAAGUUCAAAGGGAAGGUGAUGAUUAUGACAUUCCAAAUGAAGCAGAUGACAUUCGUUUGAUGAAUGAAAGUCAGGUGGAACCUUAUUAUGGUUGCGAAGUUGGUUCGAGCAAUGAAGAAGCAACCAACAUGAACGUUGAAGAUGGCGGAGCCGAUGUGAUAAAAGAAAUGGUUGACGAUGCUCAUGGCAAUGACAUGGUUGGUGAUGUUGAAUGUGCUAUUCUGGAACAGAAAUUUGAUUCGGUCAAAGAUGGAGAAGCUUUCUACAAUGCGUAUGCUAAAGCCAAGGGAUUUGGUAUACGAAAAUCCAGAUUUAACACAAAUAAAGAGGGAAAGGUCGUUAGUAGGCUAUGGUUGUGUUUAAGGGAAGAUCAGAGAUUACCAAUAUACUUGGACGGUGUUGCUGAGAAGAGUAGAGCUCCCAAGGCACUAACAAGAGUAGGUUGCAAAGCCCAAUUUCGCAUACGGUACGAUGCAGAUGCUGGUGAAGGGGAAAAGUAUGUUGUGACUCACUUCGUCACAGACCACAACCAUGAAUUGGCGGAACAACACUGUGUAAUAUAUCUGAGGUCACAUUGCAGUUUAAACAGCGUUGACAAAGCUCAAGCAAUGGCUAUGCGCAAUGUCGGUGUGAAGACUAGCCAAAUCAUGGACUAUAUGAUAAAUCAAUCCGGGUCUUAUGAGAAUGUUGGUUUCGUCCGUACGGAUCUGUACAACCAUAUUCAAGCCAAACGUAGAGCAGAAGUUGAGGAUGGUGAUGCGCAAGCUAAUGAGACAAUUGAGACAUACACAUGGGUUUUGGAAACAUUUAUGGAGGCGAUGGGCAAUAAAGCACCUGUGUCCGUACUGACAGAUGGGGAUAAGUCGAUGCGAGAGGCAAUCAGAAGAGUAUUUCCAGACGCAAGACAUCGAUUAUGUAAUUGGCAUCUUGGGAAAAAUGUUGUUUCAAAUGUUCACAUAAGUGGCUUUGCACAUGCUUUCAAGCAGUGCAUGGACAUGGAAACGGACAAGACAAAGUUUGAGCAUGGCUAG